GUGCUGGUGGACGUGGCUGCCCAGGCUGGAGUCAGCAAGUACACAGGGGGCCGUGGGGUGGCUGUGGGCCCCAUCCUGAGUGACAGCGCCUCUGACAUAUUCUGCGGCAACGAGAACAGCCCCAAUUUCCUCUUCCGCAACUUGGGGGAUGGGACGUACCAGGAUAUGGCAGCUACUGUGGGGCUGGAUGACCCCUACCAGCACGGACGUGGUGUGGCACUGGCUGACUUCAACCGUGAUGGCCGGGUGGACAUUGUCUACGGCAACUGGAACGGGCCACACCGCCUCUACCUGCAGAGCGGGGCCCCUGGGCACGUCCGAUUCCGGGACAUUGCCACCCCCAAGUUCUCCAUGCCAUCCCCUGUCCGCACUGUCAUCGCAGCUGACUUUGACAAUGACCAGGAGCUGGAGGUUUUCUUCAACAACAUCGCUUACCGUGGCUCCUCUGCCAACCGCCUCUUCCGGCUCAUCCGCAGGGAACACUCAGACCCCAUUGUGGAAGAGCUGAAUCCGGGGGACGCGCUGGAGCCUGAGGGACGAGGCACAGGGGGCGCAGUGACGGAUUUUGAUGGCGAUGGGAUGCUGGACCUCAUCCUGUCCCACGGCGAGUCCAUGGCACAGCCGAUCUCCAUCUUCAAGGGCACCCAGGGCACUAGCAACAACUGGCUGCGUGUCAUCCCCCGCACCCGCUUCGGGGCCUUUGCACGGGGGGCCAAAGUGGUGCUGUUCACACGGCGCAGCGGGGCCCACCUGCGCAUCAUCGACGGCGGAUCAGGGUACCUCUGUGAGAUGGAGCCUGUGGCACACUUCGGACUGGGGCACGAUGAAGCCAGCAGCCUGGAGGUGACCUGGCCGGAUGGCCGUGUCGUGACACGAUCUGUGGCCAGCAGUGAGACCAACUCUGUCCUGGAGAUCCCCUACCCCCUGGAUGUGGAGGAGCUGCUUGUGCCUGUCCCGCUGGAG